GGUCUUUGCAAUACCUUUUUGCAAUCCCCCCCCAAAACCAAACGAAAGAAUCAACACACAAAAUUAAGUUGUGUAAUGAAAGUGAAGACACUUCUGUCUCUGUUGCUUUUAGAGCCUUUUGAAGACAAAGAGAGUCAUGGCAGAUCCCGGAAUCAAAACUGCCACAAGUUCAGUAAUAGGUACAGAUACAGUACUACAUUCAACAAUGUCAUCCACCAGCGAGAAGAAAGCAGCGUCAGAUAUUGUUGAAUUGCCCGGUGUUGAUGAAGCCAUUUCAACUGGAGGAAAAGUGUUUACACCUGAUUGGCGUUUCUGGGUCAUACUCACCUCCCUCGGGAUCACUUCUCUCCUCACUGCUAUUGAAGCAUCCGUAACAUCUACCGCGCUACCAUCUGUUGCGAAAGCCUUAGAUGCCAAGGAGCUAUACGUUUGGUUUGCUAGUGCUUUUUUCCUCACUAGUACUAUCUCACAACCUCUUUUUGGUCAGUUCGCCAACGUCUUUGGAAGAAGAUGGCCCAUAAUUGUCGCCGUCGCUCUGUUUGCCCUCGGAAGUGGUAUUUGUGGAGGUGCAACUUCCUCCGCAAUGCUGAUUGCCGGUAGAGGAAUACAAGGAAUAGGAGUUGGCGGUGUCAAUGUUAUGAUCGACUGCAUUGUCUGCGACUUGGUACCGUUGAGAGAGCGUCCCAACUACAUGGCUUUUAUCUUUUUGAUCUUUGCUGUUGGAAGUUCUCUGGGCCCAUUUGUGGGUGGGGUGCUUGUUGAUCGGGCUACCUGGCGCUGGAUAUUUUAUAUCAGUCUCCCAGUUGCAGGUACUUCUCUCUUCUUGAUGCUUAUAUUUCUUCAGGUUGAGUAUCGGAAACAGACCACUUUUGAACAGAAGAUGAAGAGGAUAGAUUGGCUCGGUAACUUUCUCCUGAGUGGGGCAGUUAUAUCGAUCCUGUAUGCUUUAACAUAUGCUGGUGCACUUUCGCCUUGGUCCUCAUGGAAAAUCAUAUUCCCUCUUGUCCUCGGCAUUGUCGUAUACAUCCUAUUUCACGUAUACGAAGCUUCGAGCUACUGCGUUGAGCCUACCAUUCCACCACGAAUGUUCGGAAAUCGCACGUCUGCAAUUGCCUUUAUCGCCACGUUCAUCCAUGGAAUGCUUACUUACUGGACGCUCUAUUUCCUCCCGGUUUACUUUCAAGGAGUGCUUCAAAGUACUCCAACACGAUCUGGAGUUCAGUUGUUGCCAACCGUCAUCGUUCUGGUUCCAUUUGCAAUAUUUGCAGCUCUUUGGACAACAAAAACAGGGCGAUAUAAACCACCUCAGUUGGUGGGAUGGGCAUUCAUGGUUGCAGGGCUAGGAGCACUGUCGACUCUAGAUCCAAACUCAAGCACGGCAAAAUGGGCAAUUUUUCAGAUAUUGAUAGCCAUGGGCUCAGGAAUGAUUAAUACUCCACUGCUGCCUGCUAUCCAAGCCGGUCUUCCAGAGAGUGACGUGGCCGCUUCCGCCGCUACUUGGUCAUUCAUGAGAGCUUUUGGGUCAAUUUGGGGAGUCUCUAUUCCUGGCGCUAUCCUUGACAACCAAUUCAAUAGUAUUGUUGCAGGUCUGAGCGACAAGAGUAUUUCGGAUAGGUUGGUAGGAGGCUCGGCCUACCAACAAGCGUCCAAAGAGUUUAUCAAUUCCUUUUCCCCAGAUGUUAGAAUCGAGCUUAUCGACGCAUAUUCCCGUUCUCUGAAGAUUGUUUGGUAUGUAGCUCUUGGAUUUGGGAUUUUGGGCUUUAUUAUAACCUGGGGCGAGAAAGAGAUUGCUUUGAGAGAAACUCUAGAGACUGAUUAUGGAAUGAAAGAGCGAAAGGCGAAAACGCUUAAUGCUUCUAACAACGCAUAGAGGAAACCUAGAAUUUUGAGUCAUUGGAGACAAUAUGGGAUCUGUUUAGACUGGUAGAUGGAGCUUGAAUUGGUCCACGUCUAUAUUCUUUGUUGUAAUAAUCUUCUGCGCCAUGAUCUUCAACAUCCUAUGUAAGGGAUAAUAAUAUGAAUGGCUAUAACUACAAAUGAUAGACCAUAUAAUGCCGGAGUGCGAAAUUUUGCUAUUUGAUUACGUUUAUGGUACCUGGUAGACGUAUAGUGUAGGAUUCAAGAGGUAACACCUAUCAAAAAAAUACGGAUAUUGAGACAAAAUUCAAUCACAAACGCCCCCGGGAACAUCAAUAGACAGGGUAAUAGAAGGAUGAACAAUUUUCGGCGAAAUGGGCCGGAGAAUAAUCAAUCCGAUCA